GUCACUUGCUUCUGAGUUUCAUGUGAUUUUGGAAAGAAAACAACAACUUCAGCAUUGUUGGGUGCACACUGAAGAGCGAAUAUUCGAUAAUGUUAACCAGCAGAAGCCUAAAAAUAAAUGUUAUUUGAAAAUGAUGAGCACGUGCCGAUGGUGUACGUCUGCUUCUCCGGAUGCAUCGGACUUGCUUCAGAAGUAUUGCUUUGGGUCACUGUCAGCUGAGGAUGAGCAAGCAGCCAAUGAUGACCUAUGUUACUGCCUGGAGUGUGUGGUGGAGUACCACAGAGCUAGGGACAAGCUGCCAUCCUUGCAUAAGCGGUUGUGGGAGUUGGAGACAUCAAGACUUUUGGCUUGCUUUACUCGGGCAUCGGAGACGGAGCUUGAGGACAAUGACCUCCUCAUAGUUCAAGACGACCAGGAGAUCCAGGUCCCCGCGUUCACAGCAGCAGAAUACGAAAACAUCUUACGGGUCCCACUUACUGAGAUACUGAAGUAUCCCUACUUAGUAGGGCACUCCACAUUAUGUGAAAUGUGUGUGGAAGCUAUCUGCAAGAUGGAAAAUUCAAACUCCUUUCAGGUUUUUGACAAAUAUCAGGGCAUAUACCUCCUCCUUGUCCACCCUAAUGAAACGGUGAGACGCUGGGCUAUCCACACAGCAAGAUCACUGGGAAAGGUGGACCGUGAUGAUUUCUAUGACCUCCAGGAUAUUUUCUCCAGCAUGUUUUCCGUAAUUGAACUCGAUAUCUUCCAGGACUCUGAUAUAGACACUUGUUAUGAUCCUAAGACGGGCAAGAUGGUCCUUCUUCCACGUCACCUCUAUGAUUCGACAAACUACAAAAACUAUUGGCUAGGAAUAUGCAUGCUCCUGACUGUACUUGAUGCUCAGGCAAUGGAUUCUCUAAUGCUUGGGCCAGAUAAGCAAACUGACUUUAUGCAGUGCAUACUUAACACAAUGGAGAAAGCAGUGGAAGAUGAAAGCAUGGACCCUUUUUGGCCGUCUCUGCAGUGUUUCAUGGUGAUCUUGGAUCGUUUGGGCUCCAAGGUUUGGGGUCACCAGAUUGAGCCAACCUCUGCUUUUCAGGCAAUAACAGGGAGCGCCAGCUACGCCACAGAGAUAGAGAACGUCCGUCGUACCACUAUGUCAAAGGUCAAAGUUGAAAGGCCAUGUGAUGAUGACGACAUGGUGACAUGCAGUCAAAUUAUAUAUGAGUCCAACAUCAAAGAAAAAAGAAAGGACUCCAGGGUUAGGAGCUCAGCCAGUGCAGAGGGCAGCAGUGUGAUAUAUGAGGAAAUGCAUUCCCUGAUCAGAGUGCUGCAGUCAGACAUGGGUCAGGACAUGCGAGUCCACAACAGCACCUUCCUCUGGUUCAUCCCUUUUGUGGAGUCUGUGAUGGACCUCGAUAACCUCAGCAUUGUCUACACCGUGCAAAUCAUCCACUACCUGUGCGGAGAGAUCAAAGACCUGAUCAAUGGACGGUUACCCACUUGCGAUAAAGUCACAGAGUUUUUCACUCUGAUACUUGUUUUCAUCGUUGAGUUGCACAUCAGUAAGAGCCGCAUGCAUGUGCUUUAUUACAGUGCGCCCAACUGGGUAGAGGUGAUCGUGAAGUGUGCCACGUUGCCCUGUACAGCCUUCCCCAAGGGUUUGGACAGUAGCUCAAACCGUGUGUCCUCUACGUCUUCUGUGACACCAUUGUGCCGAAAGCCACAAGUGAGCACUUUAGUUCCCCAGGCUUGUAUGCUGGUGAUACGGUCCAUUCUCAAAGAAGGUGGAAAACUUGCAUUACAUAGCAAAUCUGUGAAGUUUCUAGACAUGCUUAAUAAGAUAAAUCGAGAUGUAUCUUCAAAGGAAUGGAGUCUUGCGGUUACAGAAGUUAAAGAACUACAGGAUUGCUUAAAGCAGAUUGUGAGGGUGAUGAAAGACAAGAGGCCUGCCCAAGCCACUGACAGAAGUGUGGAUGCUCUGACACCAUCCCCAACAAGUAACAAUGCUGACCCUUGCUACGCGGAAAAUUGCAGUCGCCCUUUGAAAUCUGAACGGAGGCUGGAUUCUGGACAGUGUACUUCAAAGGUCAUUGAAAGCAGAGAUUGUGUCAAUAUGAAUAUGGGGGAGAGUGAUGUUUUGUCUAUAAAGAAAGAACCAAAUGUUACAGAAGUUUCAGAAUUGAAACCACACCUCUGGGUGAACAAAAUAGUACCAGACCCAGGAAAGCUGCAAGAACUAAAAGCCAAACUGAGUCCAUCUCUUUCCUCCAAGCUCCAAGACAUUGCAAAAAAGCAGCCAGACUCUAAAAAUAUCAAAGUGGAGGUGGUAUCUGUUGGUGAACAAUGCACAGUUGAAACGUUCACUAAAGGGCCUCUGGACUCUACUUCGGGAUAUCAAGAAGGACCAGAAGACUUGAGGCCCUCCACAUCAAUUUCGGACAGAAGUGGAACAGGGCGGCAGAGUGCUCAAUGCGUGUCAGAAGGCGGUGAAGAUGGAGAUGAUAUACCACUAUCCACUGUAAAGGAUUUUCUGAUAAAGUCUCAGAAGUUCAAAUCCUUACAAACACAAACCAGUGUUAAAGUUGAACAAGGUCUUAAUCUGCUAUCUGCUACCACUGCUGAAGGACAUAACAGUAAUUUUGAUUCCGGCCCAGAUGUUUCUGGUGUAACAAUGGAGCAGAAGAAUAAAGAGCGAAUUACACAGGAAAAUCACGACCAACUCCUCAAAAUUGUAGAACCUGAUGUCAUUGUCAUUUCUGAUUCUGAGUCUUCAAAGGAAGAUGAUGACAUUUGUGUUGGCAGGAAAAAAAGAGGGCUAUUUCAGAAAGAGAAGUUUGAUAUAAAGAGUGAACCUCUCAAUGACAAUGUUUUUGAAAAGAGCCCUGUUCAUGAGGAUUUCAGUGAAAUUGACUCUCAGAUGUUUGAAUUUGAAACGCAGGAGGAUGUGUUCUCAGCUUGGAGUUUGGACCAUAAGAUCAUUAGCAAUGUGCCGGCUCCAGAAACCAAAAAAGAACCUCCAUCACUCAAUGAGCAGGUAGUGAGUCCGUGCCCCAGUGACCCAAGUAAUACUUUAGGUUAUGAUACUGACCCCAUUUCUGAUGACAUUAUUGAAAAUGUCUUGUUAGAGGUAGAAGAGCAGCUAAAGAAGCAAAAGCAUUCUCUCGAACCUCAAGCUCAAGAAAAAACUGAUUCCUUUGUCAAACCCGAAGUAUUGCCCAGUAAGGCUUCUGGAAGAAGAAGCCCUGACAGAAAGAGAAAAGAAAAAGAGAGUGUGAAAAAUACAGUUUUGAGACGUGACGAUCAAAACAAAAAGCAAGAAGCAACUUCAAGCAGAUUUUCCUCCAAACCUCCCACCUUUUCAUUUGCCACCCCUGCGAUUGUUCCUCCUAAACGGGACAGAAAGCCUGUGGAACCAGCUUCUGCUGUCGAGAAACUGGGUCUCAAGAAGAAGGCAAGAAAAGCCUUUGAUCUCUCCCAGCGAUCCUUAGACUGUGUCGGACAACUUCGGAGGCAUGGGCAGGGUGUCCAAGUGGAGCAGAAUAAGCCCACACGAAGGAAGAGAAAGGCCAAGGUAAUCUCGCCUCAGAAGAUCAAUAUCAACAAAAAGAGCAACAAAAAGCUGUUGGCUUCUCAGGACCUUCAGUUUUUCAGGCAAAGUCGGGCAAACCCACAAUCCGCGCAGGGCAUAGCUGCGUCUGAACACGCUAGAAAAUGCCCUGAUCAAAUGAGGAAGACAAAUUGUAAGUGGGAUGAUAUUCUGUGUCCCAGUGUCGCAGAGGAAGAACAGGACAGGAAUGAGUUGUUUUUUUUACCCUCAUUGCUGCCUGUCCCUGUAGUUAAGCACAAGGAAGGAGAAAUAAGAGCCGAUCAAAUAUCACAAGAGAGUCGAAGUGCCGCAACAAAAAGCUCCAAUGGGACCAAACAAAGUUCUUCAAAGACGGAACACAGCGAUCCACUCCUCUGUGCUGGACACGCAUUGCAAAAUAAUGGUAUCGUAGAUGAUGCAAGAAAGCCCACUGCUGAGGAAGUGUGUGGGAAUUAUAAUCUCGGUGAAGAUGCUGAGGAGGGCAGUGACGCGAUGAACCUGACACAAAGGGAGCCAGUAGAUAUGGAGAUCUGUUCGCAGGCGGAGGCGGAUGAUGAUGAGUUCUUCCUCACACAGAGAGAUCCAGUGGACAUGGAAAUAGAAUCUGAAAGCCAGAUGAGCGCAGAAAGGUCUCGCUGGACGGAUCGACCUGGGGAAAUGCAGGAACAGGCAGUCGCACCACAGAUGGGAUCUGUUGUCCAGAAACCACACACGUCUCAGCAAGAGAAUGACAAAGUAUUCUUGAAGCCUGGCAUGUCACCGUCAUCUUGCAGAAUGGCCAAACCAUCGACUACUAAGAUAUAUGCACCCAGCUCAAGGAGUGCAACCUUGGUCCAGGAAAUGGAGAAGCCCACCAAGCCACCGCAACCUGCUGCAAAGAAUAAGUUUGUUCGCCCAAUGUUACCUGUAAGGAAAAGUGUGCCACAGCGUGAAUUUAAACAGCCCCUUGCAGUAAAUCGCCCUGUUCCCAUUCAGAUGAGUACUGUUGGUUCAUCUCCACACGUCCCCUCAUACAAGAUGUAUGCCAGGCCAGAGACCCCUGUCAACAAGGUGACACGCAUGGAUUCUGGCUAUAAGUUUGAUCAGUCUGUUUUAAUUAACACAGUCCUGAGAUGGACCUACGAUAUGUUCUGUAGUUAUGCCCGGGUUAGCGUUCCAUCGGAUUUGUGCAAUCUACCUCCGAAAGAAGUGGCCAACAGCUACGAGUCAUACGAGGAAUACUUUAAAACAUUCUAUCCCUUGUUGCUGAUCAACACUUUUGAAGAGCUUGCAAAAGACUGGGAAAAGAACACGGGGCGAAUUUCUCACAAUUUGAAAUUAGUUGGGCUUGAAUACACCAAUCAAAUAGCCAAUGCCACUUUCACUGCCUGCCUCAAUGACCAAGAUGUGCAGCACCAGCUGUACCCCAAGGAAGAUGACUUGGUCAUAUUGUGGUUUCCUCAAAACAGAAGUAUGUAUACUUGUCAUGAGCCGGAGCUGCUGGAACCUUCUGCUUGCUUUGGCUGCGUAUCCCGAUCCAGUGUCUACUUUGCAGAGGAGAGGCCGACCCUGAACCUCACCAUUCAGACUCGAGGAAACGUCUCCUCGGUGGACAACCAGGCGGUGAAAUGCCAGCUGAUGGGGUCUCUGGUCAGUGCUAUUCGGGCAUUCAGGGCUCUGUACAUGCUGAAGAAUAACACCAUGUUCAGACCAGUCCUUGCCCCACAAGUCUCGUUCUUCGAGCCUUGCCAGGAAAACAUUUUUGUCAAGAGUCUACCUGAGUACAACCCAGAGCAAGUAAAGGCAAUUAAAUGGGGUGUGUCCAUCGUGAAGAGGCAGCAAAGAUCGCCAAAGAUCUGCCUUAUUCACGGCCCACCGGGCACAGGGAAGAGCAAAACCAUUGCGGGUCUGCUUCAGAGCCUCUUCUCGGAGCCGAAUGUCGCUGCCAUGGCCGGCCGCAAUUCCAAGGCCUGCAGGCUUCGGGUCCUGCUGUGCGCCCCGUCGAACGCUGCCAUCGACAACCUGAUGAAGAAGGUCAUCGUGGUCUUCAAGGAGAACUGCAGGAACAUCCAGAACCCACUUGGCAACUGUGGCGACAUAAAUUUAGUACGACUGGGAAUGGAGAAGUCGAUUUCUAUAAACCUGAAGCCUUUCAGCCUGGACAGCCAGACACGGGCCAGAACACAAAAAGCACAGCAGGGACAUGACACGGACAUCGACCGCCGCAAACAGCAGCUCGAUCAGCGCAUCGACAACCUCUCAAAAAUGUGUGCCAUGGUGGAGAAGAACACGGAUAAGUUCCGCAGGCUGACUGAUGAGAAGUCCAAACUGUUGAAAGAGAGAGAGCAACUCGGGCGACAGCUGAGAGAGACGCGGAGCAGGAAGCAGGAGACCCAGGCCAAGGUGCUCCAGGAUGCCCACGUCAUUUGCUGUACCUUGAGCACCAGUGGCAGCAUGGUUCUGGAGUCUGCCUUUCGGCGCCUGGGCCAUGAGCCUUUCAGCUGUGUCAUUGUGGAUGAGGCAAGACAGGCCACUGAACCCGAGACCCUCAUUCCCAUGCUGUUUCGCUGUCCUGCCCUGAUCCUGGUGGGAGACCCAGACCAACUCCCUCCCACUGUUGUUUCCCAGACUGCAAAGGAGAAGAGAUAUGACCAGUCCCUCAUGGCACGUCUGUUGAAGUGUCUUCACCGCACAGCCAAGGAGAACCCCCACAUCCAUUUUCCUGUUGUUUUCCUCAACAAGCAGUACCGAAUGCAUCCCGACAUCAACAGGUUCCCCUCUGACUACAUCUACAAGAAGGCACUCAAAACUGACAAAGAUACAGAGCAGAACCGGUGUGCACUCACCUGGCCCUUUCAGCCCUACCUACUCUUUGAUGUGUUAGACGGACGUGAAACCAAGGACAACGACUCUUUCUGCAACUAUAAGGAGGUGAAACUGGUGCUAACUCUCAUUAAGAUGAUCUUGGACAAACAAUUAAUUAAAGUUGGUGUCAUCACCCCCUACAAUGCCCAGAAGUACAGGAUCCAGGAAUACAUCAACCGUGAGAUGGCCAAGGAGGAUGGGAAACGCUUACAGGUGGAGGUGGACACGGUGGACGGGUUUCAGGGCAGAGAGAUGGACUGCGUCAUCGUGUCGUGCGUCCGGGCGAGUGACGAGGCCGGCUCUAUCGGGUUCCUGGGGAAUCGACAGAGGAUGAAUGUAAUGAUCACGAGAGCGAAAUACAGCCUGUUCAUUUUGGGACAUCUGCGGACACUCCAGGAGCAUAGGGAUUGGGGUGCGCUGGUAAAGGACGCGGUCAAGAGGAAAACCAUCAUACCGACCUGCGAGAAGGACUUCAAGAAGAAGGCCAGGUUCAUCUUUAAGCCCGAGCUGGGCUUAAUGAGGAGCUUGUCCCACCCCCCCAGAGAGCCCGGCUUUCCCCCCGCGGCCAGGCCCAGCGCUGAGGCCCCCGUCUUCCUGAGCUCAGAGAGGCCCUGCUCGGGGCCCGGCUCGGCCCGUGCCGGGGAGAGGGCCGCGCCCUCCGGACCUCCCGCGGCCGAGAGGCCCAGAGACCCUCGCCUGGCCGUCCACCUGCCCCGCCCCAGACAGGGGGGCGGCGACCAGGAGAGGCCGCACUGCUCCAGAUCCGCUCCGAGCAGGAGCGUGAGCCGGGAGGAAGGGGAGCCGGCCCACCGGGGGUCCCGUCAGGCCCAGCCCUACCCGCCGCACGCCCCGCGGGGGCCACACAAACGGCCCUCUGACGGCUACUCCUCCUCCGCGUCCAGCAAGGCCGCCAGGAGAUGACUUUUUAAACCGCUCGUCUUUCAGCUUCACUUCCAGCUGCGUCGAAUCUCGGAGACGACUGUAGCCCACCUUUGCUUGUAGGUCGCAGUGCCCAUUUGCAGGUUACUUCAGUUCACAAAGGAUUGCGAUGCGGUGAAUUGGGAAUCUCAAAUAGAAAUGCAGGACCUUGCUAAGAUCUUUCACCCCAUGUCUAACUCAGGUUUCAUGUUAAAACUUUCCCUUCUUUUGGGUAAGACUUGUACUGCAUUUUUUGGCAUGCCAUGGCAUAAUAUAAGUAAGUAUUUUACACUGCUUUGAAAAGUAGUCUUGCAUGUAGCUUGUAAAAGAAAGUAGCAUAAUCUAUGGCAUCGUUUAAUUUUUACAAGCAACCUUAUGUUGUAACCAACUGAACAUAUGACUGUAUCGCAAGUUUGCAUAAAUCAUAUCAUCACUCAAUUCAUAAUUUUGCUACCUACUUUCUUUCGUAUAUUUUACAUAAACCCAGUCCUGACACAUUUUCAAUAUUUAAGUGUUUUUAUUUUUUAAGAAAUACUUCUAUUUAGAAAUGUAGAAAAAAACAAAAAACAAACACAUUUCUAAAACCAAACAGUAAAAUAGCCAUUCAAAGCCAUCCAAGCACAGCUAUUGGCUACAUACAAGACAAGGUUUUUCUACGGUUAAUUUCUUAUUUUUUUGGUUUUUUUUUUUUUUUUUUUUACUGAAUCACUUUUUAUUCUCGUCUUGUUUAUAAGUGCCGUUGUGAUAUUUGCCCCGGGUUCUCGAACGGAAAUAAGCCUCACGUGACGAUGAUCGCACUGCGUUCCUAAUGCUUUCCUUUGUGGGAGAAAAAUAUCGCGCGUCACACCUUACAGGAAAAGUGCUACGCACCUCCUCCAGAGCGUUUACACAAUAGAUUGUGACCUUUAACUUGUGUUCCUUGUUUAUGUGAGAAUGUCUUCACGACUCCUGCAGGAUGGAGAACCGCUGCAGUGCCUUGAGGACGCUGGCAUGUCAGCAGGGGCUCAUAAAAAGAUGAAUAUGUACUCCUUAAGUGUUGCGUGUUGCCAGUCAUUUGAGUAAUUUAGUCAAUUCUGUAUAAUUUGAUUUAAGUACUUUUUAUGUUAAUGUAAAAGGGCUACAGCUGUGUUGUAAUAAGCAAUGGCUGUAAAGAACUGGGUCAGGGAAGGCAUUGCUUGCAAUCACUACUGUUUGUUGUGGGCAACCCCUGAUUUUUCUUGCCAAUGUCCUUCUGUGAAGGAAAUCUGCUUUGAAUGGUACGUCUGCUUUAUGUCCGGGGUGGACUACCCUGGCCCAAGGGUGUCAGAGAUGUUCCUGGCUUUUGAUUUGUCCAAACCCAUAACUUCAUAAGUGUAUUUAUUAUCAGGUUUAUUGAACGCAGGUGAUCAUGUGCUGGAGGUAAUCAGCAUUUCACCAUUCUGAGUGAAUACUCAAAUCUUAAUAAUCCAUAAAACUCAAGCCGGGACAAAAAGGGAUUGAAACAUCGCUGCCAUCGCCGGACCUGGCUGCUUAACCCCAGUCCGUAUUUUCAUUCUAUUUAGCUGUACAUACUCUCCUAGCAUUGUUCUGAUUGAGAUUAAUAAUUGAGUUGUUUAUGUCCAGGGUAUUAGGAUAUGAAAAAAAAAAAUAAUAAAAAAUAAAAAAGGUGCCAUUCAGAGUUUUACCAUUUACUUUUUUAAACUUUGCAUUUUGACUAUAAACAACUGUGUUAGUUAAGACUAAUAUAUGUCUCUGUAAAAUAUUGUUUUGUCUGCAACAUCCAUUGCAGAUGCAGUCCGAAUGUUUUUCUCUGGUCUUGGCUCCAUAUUGAACUUUUAACCUAAUAGCCUCUCAUUUUUUGGGUGAGGGGCUGAUUACCUUUUUUUUUUUUUUUUUUUUCAAUAACCUGAAAUGGCAACAUGUUACCACUUGAUCUUGUAUUCUUUUACUGCUGGCAAACAAUAAACAAUGUAUAAUAA